ACAAUGCCAGAUAAUGUAAGAGUGGCCCCAUGACCACGUUCAACACGAACGUAACCAGUGGGCUUGGAGCUCGGACCACUAUCGGUCCUACCAAGAUCAGAUCACCCACUCGGUAUUCGGAUAUGUUCGUGGGAGCACAGAAUGACGUCAUUGAGUCUAUGUUAGAGGGGAAUCAUCAAGAGUCAGCUAAAACUCAAAAGAAGGCCGCCCCUGCAAAGAAUCUUACCCGAUACGAGCGGCUGACGAAACUGAGGAACAACAAUCGGGAUAUUCAAACCAUUCCUGACGUUCACUACAGAGUGGUUGAGUCUAUCCCAGACGCGAUGGACGCUGCCCUGGAGUUGGCCAACUAUCACAGUGUUUCCGUGUUGUGGGAAGGGUUUGAUGUUAACAGGCAUGGAGUUCUUACUUGGAUCGUCUGUGGAUAUCUAGGAUCAGCGGUGCUUUUUAACAUCCGCAAAUUUGGAGCGAAAAUAUUUACAGAAGGGGGCCUAAAAAGAUUACUUGAAGCUCGUCACCCCAUUAAGGUUAUCCACGAUUGUAGCUGUCUGGCGGAUAUACUGUUUAACCAGUAUGAUGUAGAGCUUAGAGCAGGGAGUAUUUUUGAUACGCACGCUGCAGAUCUUCUAAUCCAGAGCAAGACAUCACAGGAGCUGACAGCUAAGACCUUGACAGAGUGCUUGAUAGAGUAUCAAGACAUUCCAGUCAGUGUUUACCGCCAGAGAGAAAGCAUCCUGAGAAGAGACCCCAGUAUUUGGGUGUGGGAGAACAUUCCUCCUGAACUUCUUCUCGUCACAGCUAGGAUAGCCCGUUACGCUGUACUGCUUCAUGGCAUCAUGCUAAGGGAGCUCUCAAAGCCGUUACCCCAAAUUACUGAAAUAUACCUUAACUGUCGGAUUCAAGAGAACUCGCCUGAUCCUAAAACGAGAAUAAGACAAAUACCGCCUGGCGUAGAGUCAAUGCUGAUAGGAUCUAAACAAAUUCCGAUAUUGAAAACUGAGUGGAACAUUCCGGAGUCCAUUCUGAACCCGGCCUACGAGAGCCAGCCUGGGGACGAACAUUUCUACUCUAAACCGUUCAAAUUCGACCCGAAGAAAGCGACUCCUGGCUCCUUGAGGAUCUUCAGCGUGAAUCCCAACAGACCAGUAAUAGAGGAUGACAACGACUGGGAGAAGUAUGUGCACGGAGCACCAAAUUAUGGUCCUGCGGAAGAGGAGGAGGAGCUAGAGAGAACAACAGAGAGCAAGGAGGGUUCUAUCGGAGACAUGUUUAAGGUUCCGGAUAUCUUUAGUGAUGUGACCAGUAGUUCUGCAGGUUGUGAGGGUGAUGCCGUUGUGACGUCACGUGAUUUCGUGACGUCACGCAAUAUUGAACACGUGACAGAUGAUGACCAGAUCUGGAGUUCUAACAGCUCUUCAGACGAUAACGUUAAUUUUAUCAUACCAGAGUGUGAACCCCCGCCGACAGUUGCUGCUACAAUGGAUCCCUCUAGAUUGGGAUCUAGAACAAUCUUUGCGGGAGAUCCACGGUAUAACGACCCUGCUCACAAGGCCCCUGUCAUGUCACCCAAGCUCAGCAAGCUGGUGGAGAAGAUCCGGGCUGAACAAAAGAGUGAACCUAGGAGCAGGGCUUUUAUAACUUCUGAGGAGAUGAGAAGAAAUCUUGAAGAAGAAAGGAGCGCAUUCUCCAACAGAUACACGCCAGACCCAGACCGAGAAUCUCACAACAGCAGUGAAGUAGCCAGGAUAACUGAGAAAACUGAGAAUCUAGUUAAACUUAUUGAACCUCACUAUGAGAUAGUGAGCUCCAGUUCAAGUAGUAGUGACGUCAUAGUGGAGCAGGGUGAGGGUUUUAAUGCCAUCCCACAGUGUUUUAUCAAGAAACCUUUUAACUCGGCUCUUCUGACCUCCCCCAGACAACCUUUUCAUAUGUCAAGUUUAAGGUUUCAGACUCCCAUGAAUGCUGCACGCGCAAUCAAUUCUUCUGAUAUCAUCGAAAACCUUUCUUUCCACGACCAAUCCCCGCAUCUGUGUCGACGUCUUUGCCCCCUCCGCUGGUGCAAUUGUCUCCAAAAAAAUCACCUGGUGUCUCUAACACCAUGUCUCCAGUUGAGACAUGCAGGUCACAAGACACAAUUCGUAAUCCAGGAAUGUCUCCUGUCACAAUAUCCUCACCCAAUCAAAGCAGGAGUUUGCCCAAAAGUUUGCGCAAUAAUCACAGUUCAGAAAAAUUGGAAAAUAAUACAUCCCAAAAACCAACCUUAAGCGACCUUAACAGUUCAACUCCAAGAUCAGUUUGUAGCGGCAGUGGCUCUCAGAGACAGCCUCUAAUCAUUAUACCCAAAUCUCGUGCUGGCAGAGGUCGGGGAAACCCCCAGCACGGUAGAAUUCCCCCUCUCCUGGUAUCCUCCAUCUCCAAACCGCAAUCCUCUCCUCCUUCUCGUCUGAAAGGACGUGGCAGGGCCGCUGCCAUAGCUAAUAGAGCUAUAUCACAUGACUUCCUUACGGAGGAGCAGUGCAAUGUGGCUUCCUCAGUUGCCUCCUCAGCUUCAGGCUCAAUAUACCACAGUGAUUUUUACGGACCAGGUGUAACUGUGAUUCCUGAUACUUCCGAGAUUGAGAAGAGUUCGAAUGGGGGUUAUUCUAACAGUUGUAGCAGUGCUCAUAACAGUGGGAGGUCUCACAAGCAACCAGUUUCAAUGUGCUUUGCUUAUGAUUCUGAUGACCCUGACAAUUAUUGAUUUCGCAUGAACUCUGUUGUACGUUUAAAUUGAAUACUGAAAGUUUGAGAGAUAAAAUAUUUUUAGUUUUUAUUGAAAUUUCGCAGGAUUAGUUGUAAUGUUUACAUGAAUUUAUGCUGUUAUUGAUAGUUCCUCAGUAAUGAAUUCUCCAGAAUUUUAAACAAAGUUUUACUGUACUGUAAAUUUGACACAUGUCGUUCUGAUUCACGAUUUCACUGACUAUCCAAUGUACCCUGAGUAAAUUGAAUUGAGUUUAUAUAACCACGUUUUAAAAUCCUAUAUCCUAAUCUCACCACAUAAUCAAGGUACUAACUCACACCCAAUCAACUCUCCUGUUUCCGACAUCUUACUCAGCCAAGCCAUUACAGCAACCCAGAACAUCACGCUACUCCAGAACUGAUGCUAAAUCCAGCAGCGCCAGUCUUAAAAGUAUGCGAAUUCUACUCGGGCAUUGGAGGUUACCAUUUAGCGCUAUCACAGAUUCCAGAACUAUCCUACAAAGUUGUCGCUGCUUUUGAGAUUUCUUCUAACGCUAAUUGUAUCUACAGAGCGAAUUUUCCGGCAACCAGUGUUUUUGAGACCAAUUUGUGUGGUCUGACUGCGGCUCGGCUUGAAUCUAUAAUUAAGAAAGCAAGUGCGAAUCAUGAUCAGGAUUUUAAAUCACGUGACGAGAAUGAUACAUCACGUGAUAAAGUGAUGUUUGUCAUGUCGCCACCAUGUCAGCCUUUCACCCGGCAAGGAGUUAUGAAGGAUGAACUAGAUCCACGGUCAGAGAGUGUGAUUCAUCUUUUUGAUAUGUUCUCGGAUUUAUCUUCAUUACCGGAUUAUUUUUUAUUGGAGAACGUAAAAGGGUUUGAAACAUCGAAUACCCGAAAUAAUAUUAUGCAAUUCUUUACCCAACAUCAAUAUCAUGUUGUCGAAUUUCUGAUCAACUCAAACCAAUUUGGAAUUCCCAAUUCGAGA